ACAACAUCGAGUAAUUUCACUGCCAUCAUAUUUGAAGUCAUGUUUGCUAGAAAUACAGCUCGGAUACUGCUCAGGCGUGGGCAGAUAAGCAGAUCUAUUCAUACGACUGCGUCAAUUUCACCUCUUUUAAGAAUAUCCGCCGUUCAUACGACAAUCCGAUCUGAAGAAACAACAGCUCUCAACUCAAGAGGACGUCUAUCGAACAGCAUCUCAUCAAUAUAUAGAAGCUAUGCGACAUCCACUAAAAAGUUCCAGCAAGCAAGCAUUUCCGAAGAUGAAUAUCAUGAAGUGGCCGAUACAUGCUUGGACUCUUUGACGGAUUCAUUGGAACAAUUGGUGGAGGCAUACGAUGGACCUGAUGCAGAUGAUUAUGAAGCGGAAUAUUCGUCUGGCGUGCUCACUCUACGUCUUGGAUCACAUGGUACAUACGUGAUCAACAAACAGCCUCCAAACAAACAGAUAUGGUUCUCAAGUCCGACCAGUGGCCCAAAACGCUUCGACUACGAUUCAGAACAUAAUGAAUGGUUCAUGCACAAAGAUGGAGAAGAAUGGAAUUUCCGAAACAUUCUCAAUAGAGAAUUAAGCGAAAUCUUCAAUAAACCAAUCACAGUCGAUAUGGGCGACUCAUAAUCUCACACAAGUGAAGUGGGUGUGUGUAAUACAUUGUACAAUUGAGCAAUAAAAGAAGAC